CUCUCCUGCGUUUCUUGGAUAGCCCACGGCUGCAAUCUGUCACUUACUCUGUUGAAAGACUUGACUGCAGCUAAUCAUGUCUUUUACAAGAUCGGCUCUCUAUACAGCUAAUCCGACUACCUCCCGUGGUGUAUCCACGAAGCUGAGCGCGAACAAGGAGAAGAUCGUAUACACAAAUGGCAAGACUGUCUUCAUCCGGGACAUCCAAAAUCCCGGGCUCGGCGUCGCGUACACGGGACACGUGCAUAACGCGACGGUAGCGCGUAUAUCACCGACUGGAUACUACUGUGCAUCUGGAGAUAUUGCAGGCAAUGUGCGCAUAUGGGACACGGUGGGGGAGGACCAGACGUUGAAAGGGGAGUACAAAGUUAUCUCCGGAAGAGUAAAUGAUCUCGAAUGGGAUGGAGAAAGUAAACGCAUCAUCGCGGUUGGAGACGGGAGAGACAAGUUCGGGCAUGCUUUCAUGUUUGAUACUGGUACUUCAACGGGGGAGAUCAUCGGGCAUUCCAAGAUCAUUAAUGCUGUCGCCAUUCGCCAUCAAAGGCCCUUUCGUGCCGCAACUGCAGCAGAUGACAACUUGAUCGUGUUUCACCAAGGCGCACCCUACAAAUAUGACAAGACCAUCAAGUCUCAUACAAAAUAUGUUCAAGAUGUACGGUAUGCGUUAUCAGGCGACCACUUCGCUAGUGUGGGAUCAGACGGCAAGGCGUUCCUAUAUGAUGGGAAAACUGGAGACAUCCUUGGAGAGUUCGAGGAGGCGCACAAGGGUACUGCUUAUGCUGUAGGUUGGAGUCCAGACAGCAAGUCAGUUGUGACGUCGUCCGCGGAUACCACGGUAAAGAUCUGGGAUGUUGAGACGCGCAAGUCAACCGCGACAUACGUGCUUGGAACUGGAAUCGACCACCAGCAAGUCGGAAAUGUUUGGAGCGCUCCAGACACCAUAAUCUCACUGUCCGGGUCGGGCGACUUGAACGUGUUCGAUAGGAGAAGUGGAGGCAGUCCGGUUAAGAUCCUUCGCGGCCCACAAAAAGCUGUUACCGCUUCGGUGCCUUCGUCUUCUGACACGUUUUUGGUUGGCACUGCAGAUGGACGUAUUCUGUCGUACGACGCACAGGGCGAGGCUUCUUACGUUCAAGGGCAGGGACACACCAAUCUCGUCUCCAGCCUGACUUCUGGAGCCGACGGCAAGAUAUAUACUGCGGGCUUUGACGAUCGGGUCCGCGAGGUCGAAGGACAGGGCUUUGUACCGGCGUCCUUUUCUACCGGGACCCAGCCUAAAGAUUUAGCUGUUGCUAGCGACGGUACUGUAUUUAUUGCUGAGAGCGGCGGGGUCGAAGCCGUCAGGUCGAAUCAGAAAGUUGCUGACCUCAAGAUGAAAUCAAACCCCACCGCUGUCGCUGCGAGCGGGCACAAUGUUGUUGUUGGAACAGAGGACCAGAAGGUCCGAUUGUAUGAUUGGGAUGGAAAGACCUUCACAGAAGUGGCCACGCUUGAAGGAAACAAGGGCGUUAUCAGUGCCUUGUCAUUUUCCCCUGAUGGCACGAAAUUAGUCUCGGGAGAUUCGAGCGGGAAGAUCGUUUUGUUUGACGUUCAAGAGCGGAAGAUGAUCACAGGGCGGUGGUCUUUCCACACCGCACGCAUUCACUCCCUGUCAUGGACUGCGGACUCACAGCAUUGCGCGUCUGGCUCCCUCGAUACCCAUGUUUAUAUAUGGAGCGUGCCGAAGCCGAUGAAGAAUAUAGCGAUUAAGAAUGCAGUGCCUGGAGGUGUAAACACUGUGUUUUGGCUGGAUGGCGAUGGUAAGAGGGGCAAGUUGGUUUGUGCUGGUGCCGAUGCUUGCGUCCGGGUGUUGGAAGUCUCUUUCCAUGUGUAAUUCGGUGACUAUGACUCGUCUUUGUGAAAAACUUCGAGUUCAUGAGCAGUUCCAGUAGAACAUGUGUACGAAUCUAUAACAGAAAGUUGUCGAGAAAUC